AAAAAAACAAAAAAAACAACAACCCACACUCAGACCAGCAGGGGGCGGUGCCGAGUUUUUAAGCCGUCCGCGGGUAGAGCUCAAAGGCGGAACACCGUUGUAUAUCUCCCCUGUUCGAAGUCGACGUUCGUAGUCUUCACUUGGACGUCGUGAAAGGUGGCUGUGGUGUUUUGAACUGUACUGAAGAUGUCGGACGAGGGUAAAUUAUUCGUUGGAGGACUGAGCUUCGAAACGACCGAAGAUUCUCUCUCCAAUGCCUUCAGCAGAUUCGGAAGCAUCGACAAAGUCGAUGUGAUCAGAGACAAAGAGACGGGGAGAUCUCGUGGCUUUGGCUUUGUGAAGUACGAUAAUCCUGAAGAUGCAAAAGAUGCUAUGGCGGAGAUGAACGGCAGUACUGUGGACGGCAGGGCUAUUCGGGUGGAUGAAGCAGGAAAGGGUCCACCCAGAAAAGGUCUCCAGACUGGCUCACGUGGUGGUCGUUUCGGAGGAUCCCGGGGGAGAGGCCGUGGUUACUCACGCGGUGAGGACCAAAAUGACUAUGAAGGGGGCGGAUACUAUGCAGAGCGGGGAUACCGUGACAGGAGUUAUGGCGACCGCAGCUUCGGAGGUGGAGACAGGAGCUACAGUGGGGGCAGCGGUGGUGGAGGAGGAGGAGGAGGAUACAGGAGUGGGGGAUACUCCAAUAGCUACAGAGAUAGGGGUCAGGGUGGAUACGGUGAUCGCUCUGGAUCCUACCGUGAAGGAUAUGACAGCUAUGCUUCAAACGAGUAAACAUCACCCUGAUUCAAGAUCAUCACUUGGCUGGCCGUAUUUCAAAGAUGCGAUCCUCAAGAAAAAUGUCCACGUGUUAUUGCUGACCUUAGUUCUGUCGUUCUGUUGUAGUAGCUCAAACAUCUUAAAAUAUGUAGCCUUUAGUUUUUGGUCAUUCCUUAAAAACAUAAGAUAAUUUUCAACAAAGGACUUUGACCUUGCUCGAUUAGGCAUCUAUAUUCCUCUAAAAGGCCGUUGACCUAAAAAGCAUUUCUGCAAUCUAAUAAGUACUAUUACUCCAUUACAAGUCCCAAUUUUGGAUUAAACUGCUCCCCUCCUAUGUGGCUUUUUGUUGAAUGGCCAUUAAAGUUGCUCCCGACUAAGUGUUCCCUCAUUUGAUUUAUUUAGUAUUUAGGUUCUUUUUUUAUAUCUAAUGGGGCUUUGCUUUUGUACUUUAUUUUUUUUUUUUUUGUAUUUUGUUUCCUCAUUUCUCCUGCCAGGUUCUAAACAGGGUGAGAUAAGAGGAUCCCCUUACUAGAGGAAAGACUUAGGGGAUUUUAUGCUAAAUUGCUUAGCCUCAAACUUAGUUUAGCUGAGGCUCCUGUUUGUUCAAUUUUCCAAAAAGAGUGAAUUCCUUUCAGACUGGUGAACUACACCUCCGAAGUGGCCGGCUGUUCAUGAAGUUGCAAAUUGCAGCAUGCUACAGUCUGUCCAAGGUAUCUUCUGUGCUCACAUCUGCAUUUUAAAUGUGCUGUAAAAUUGACUAAUCUUGUUUAAGUGAUCGAAAAGUGUACCUUCGUUUCCCCAAAAUAUCUCAACCGGGAACAGUUUUGUACUUUUUGUUCUUUGUAUGAUCAACAGUUUCUUUUCUUUGUCAGUUUGGCUUCAUGGAGCCUAUUAAACAGACUGUGGAAAAUAA